AUUGGAAUCUCGCAUUACUGUGUCUGCAUCUUAAAAGCAAAUUUAUGGUCAGAUGAGAAAAACUUGAGUUUAUGUGGUAAAAUAGUGGAAUUGAAAGCAAUUCGUUUACCCAUAAAAUAUACUUAGUAAAUGGAUCUGUAUGAUGGCAUUGAUACGAGGGCGCGAUCAAGCCAGAUUGAUGGAUGGUCUUCGGGCAUAAAAAUGUUGCAGACCCAGUUGGCAGUAAAAAUGGCUGUCAAAAAACCGCUCAUGACGCCAGUGGUCAAUCUAAGGGCCAAACGUCUCGCAGAGCCGGAAGUUACAUGUUCAGCUCCAAUGACUACGGUUGUAUACAAGACUUUAAUAACUGGCAAAGCCCUUCCGCCCAUUCCGGAAAGCGUAAACAAGGGCGACUGGGACGCUACUGAUGAAUACGACCCGCAAUGGCCAAAUGAAUAUGAAAAACUCAAGGAGAAAACUAAUGGCAGUGACAAAAACCGAGGUUUCGUUUGUGGAAGCGAAGAGAAAGAAAUAGAUCGGAAACGUGGACGCGUUGGUCGUCGAGAAGUUCACAGAGACGAAGUCUUAGCCCCUAAUCUGAAGUUUACCGGGUUUGGCCAGCGACAACUCGAUGAUGACAUAUACUUGCCAUCCGCGGGCUCUGUAGCUAAACAGGGAGGUGCAACAAUUGCUCCACCUCCGUCCCUCCAAGAAAUAUCAAUUGAUAGUGGUUGCGAAGUCACUAAUUCCAUACCAUAUUCUGCCAGUUCGGUAGCCGCCAAAAUUAUGGCUAAAUAUGGAUUUAAGGAUGGUCAAGGCCUCGGAAAAUCGGAGCAGGGUAUGGCCAUAGCCCUUCAAGUGGAGAAAACCUCCAAGCGUGGGGGACGGAUUAUACACGAAAAAGAUGUUUUUCUGCCACCUCUGGCAUUGUCGUCUCCUGCGGAUGGCUCUCAAGUAGGACCAAGUCCCGGUCACAAGGCCAUGCCUCCUCCCCAGGUGGCAGGCACGGCGACUGAGAGUGGCGAGACCGGGUCCAGUAUUACGGAGAUUAUGAAAUCACCAAGCAAGGUGGUUCUUCUACGUAACAUGGUAGGACCCGGGGACGUAGACGAAGAAUUGGAACCUGAGGUAAAGGACGAAUGCAACACAAAGUACGGGGAAGUGAACAGCGUCAUUAUUCACGAAUCGUUCGGAACUGUGCCAGAAGAUGCGGUUAAAAUAUUCGUGGAAUUUAGGCGCAUCGAAAGUGCCAUUAAAGCUGUUGUGGACCUAAAUGGGCGCUUUUUUGGAGGACGUCAAGUACGAGCAGGGUUUUACAACUAUGACAAGUUUAAACGUUUUCAAUUGUAUUAACAAUAAUACUAAUAAGAAAAGACGUUGACACUGCCCCGGACUGUUUUUUAGAAAUGAACUGGCAAUCCUGUUUUACUGAAGCGUUUAAACAAUUCGAUCUCAAUAAUUUUCAAAUGUCGAGAUAAUCAUGAUGAGGGAUUCGAGGAUUGAACAGUAGUUACUGGAAAAUAUUUUCUAACAGCGAGUAAACGGAGAAAUACAUAGAUACGGCAUCAUUGCGUCAAAGGGUCAAUCAACUGAGGAUAUAAAUGAAGAAAUUUGCCAGUAAUCGUUACUUGUAGAGUAAAAGGGUAUACUAGACCCCUUGAAAAGUAUGUAACAGGUAAAAGCAAUCGCCAAGUCGAUCUGGCCUUUUCCGUAUGACCGCCUCGAUCUCAGAAACUAGAAAAGCAAGAAAGAGAUUAAACAUGCAAGGAAAUAACGGGUGUUUUUUUUAGAGGUAUAGAACUUUAAGUUGGCAUUACUGUUCAAGAUG